AUGGCCUUAGGAAGUGCUUCCCGCGAUAACCAUGUCCGAGCUAUUGUCAUGGUUGGCGGUACGCUAAAGAGUGCCGACGGGUUUUCUCCCGCGAUCGAAGCCGAGUUUGCUAUUGCUGGUCAAAAUUUCCUGCAUGCCGACUCGGAUGGGGCGCACAACAGGCCAGAUGCCCACAGUAUUCUCAGGUAUGUUUAG